UGCGACGCGGGUCGAAGCGCGCGCGCGAAUCUACGAGACCCUCAUUACAUUUAUAUCAACCAAGAUCCCAACGGCCAAAAUUACUAGAUUUAACAAUUCGUGCCAACUUCGUGACAACUUCGCGUCUAUGGUUGAUCUUUAUUAUCCUUUCCAUUCUAGCAAAGAUUCAACGGUUUUUUUUUUGUUAAUAUUUAACGGUAUUUACUAUUACACUCUUACUAUUACAAAUUACAGAAUACCGGCAUCCCACCAUCGCAGCUUCAAAUACUUAUCAAAUCUUAUGCUCUAUGCACAAGAUGGAUUCCUCGCCGAGCAAGAGACGCGUCUUGGGUUCUAUCGAUGCUAAUGCUAGAAGCCCAGUUUCUGCUUCAAAGCUCCAAGAAUCUAAAAUUUUGGCACUCUCACCCACCCCGAGCACAAUGAACAGUGCCGUUAAGAGGCCUCUCGAUCAUGAAGCCGUGAGCCAGCAUCAACAGCAUCAACAGCAUCCACCUACACCACCGACCAAGAAGCAACGCCUCUCUGUUGGAGAAGAGGAAGUUGAACGUAUUAUGCCUAUAGAUGAGGAACACCGUCCUGAAAGGGACUCUCGAGAAGAAGCAGAAGAAGCUGAACGUCAGCAAUCUAAACCGUUAGAAGAAGAGUCAUUGCUCCUAGACAACUCCGUCAUCGACAUGACUCUGGAAAUAGCAGUAACAGAGCGGGACAUAGAAGUUAUUGCGCCAGCCCCACCAACCCCGCCGGCGCCGGCUCGAAGACGAUCAACUAUGACUCGGGAGGAAGCUCGACAGAAAGCAGAGAUGUUGCGACUAAGACUCGGCCUGGCUAGUUACAAGGUGCGCACCGGACAGACGGACGUGUCCCUAGAACAACUCGAGGCCAAGUCGUUAUUAAAAUCUCGACGGCCCGAGGAGCCCUCCUUACCCCCGCUGUCGCGAAUUACGCACGCAGGAGAGGAACAUGACAAAGACGGAGAAGACCGCGGGGAUAAAGUACCAUCCUCGGGGCGAAAGGCAUUGCCGACUGCGCGGCCUCUUAGUCGGGGGAGCAGUUUCGACAAGGGCCAUCUGGGAACGGAGAAGAGACAAUUACCUGGAUUGCCGAUACCGUGGCCGGGUUCGCGAAGAGCGUCGCGAUAGGGCUUGGGUAGAGAGGUUUCAUGGGUUUUAGAGGGUUUAAGGGGGUUGUGCUGGCGACGGCAAUUCCUAAGACGGGAGGUUAGGCGGGUUAAGGGGGGGUAGGUAUUUCACGCGUCUGCGUUUAGGAGGUAUCAUGAAAUACUCUUAAUGGCUCUCUACUUUUCAAUAUAGCCUAGAUGUUAGCUAAUCAAAAAGCAUCAGUGGCUUAAAUGUCAAACACUAUUCACGUAUAAA